AGUUGUUUUUCUGACACGCCGGCAACACGACCACGACAAAGUGUGUACAGCGAGUUGUAGUCCGUAACUUGCAGCGAUACAGUUCAGAGACCUUCGUAACGAUUCUUCGGAAAGAGCCCCCCCGUCACUGGAGAGCUCUGGAGCGCCCCAAUCGAUAGUGCUGACUAUCCGUCGUUAACCGUGAAGUGUCAUUUGUCACACACGUUAGUUCCAGCAUCGAGUUGAUACCUACUACAACAGUGCAAAAAGGUUGAACCUGUGCCGCGCGAGCAAUCAAAAUACAAAUAUUUUCUUUGUCCAAGCAAAUUGCUGCUGCUAUACCUCCAAGUCGCGGGUAUAGAGAACGGAGGAGCGUUUAGUAGUAGGGAAGUUGUAGCGUACACAUUAGUACACACAUAGAUUAAGGUGCAGAGGAAGAACCAGUCGUCCCCUCUGAGGUUUAUCAAUCGCGCGCGACCUGGCCAGACCGAUCGUGAGCCGUGUGAGUAGGAGAAGUGUUCAAUAUAGCGCUGAAUAAGCAAGAAAACGGUCUCAGAGAAUCGACGACCGCGACUUAGACGACGACGACGAAGUCGACGACGUGUAGCAACAACAACAACAGCAAAAAAAGUAUAACAUUAUAUCAGGAAAUCGCAUUUCGCACCAAGAAGCAGGGUUUAGUGCUGAGCCAAACCUUGCCGUCGAAGCAGCUCGUGAGCGACGUCGACUAGUGCUAGGCUAUUGAGAGAGAGUUUAGUUCCGCCGAAACCGCGAGUUGAACGUCGCAGAAGAAAUCUUGACACCCCCGGGACACAGCACCAAACACUUCGGACGAGAUGGAUUUGGUCAAGCCGUUCAUGGAUCUGCACGUGGAUCGAGUGAGCAAGGAAAUCCGCGAACAAUGCCAGGAGCUGAUUCUGACAGACAAACAGAUGGAGGAGAUCAUGCGGCGGGUGCUGAAGGAGAUCAACAACGGUCUCCACAAAGAGACACAGCCGACGGCGGACGUCAAGUGCUUCAUCACCUACGUGCAGGACCUGCCGAACGGCAAAGAAAAGGGCAAAUUCCUCGCGCUCGAUCUGGGCGGUACCAACUUCCGAGUACUGCUGAUCCACCUCAAGGACGAGAACGACUUCGAGAUGCUGUCGAAAAUCUACGCCAUUCCACAGAGUAUUAUGCUUGGCAGUGGGACGCAACUGUUUGACCACAUUGCGGAGUGUUUAGCCAACUUUAUGAAGGAACAUGCAGUGUACGAUGAAAAACUACCUCUAGGCUUCACAUUCUCAUUCCCGCUGACGCAGCUCGGUCUGACCAAGGGCAUGCUGGCCCGGUGGACCAAGGGUUUCAACUGCUCCGGUGUCGUCGGCGAGGACGUCGUCCAGCUGCUGAAGGAUGCCAUUGCCAGGCGAGGGGACGUUGCAAUAACUGUGAUGGCAAUCUUGAACGACUCGACCGGAACGCUAAUGUCGUGUGCGCAUAGCAAUCACAAUUGUAGAAUUGGAGUGAUAAUUGGCACUGGCAGCAACGCGUGCUACGUCGAGAAGGUCGAGAACUGCGAAAUGUUCGACGGCUACAAGGACCCGAACAAACAGCAUGUCCUGAUCAACACCGAGUGGGGUGCGUUCGGCGAUAACGGCGCGCUCGACUUUGUCCGGACAGAGUACGACCGGGAGAUCGAUCACUUCAGUAUAAACAAGGGCAGACAGAUACAAGAGAAGAUGAUCUCCGGAAUGUACAUGGGCGAGCUGGCUCGCCUGGCCAUCGUCAAGUUCACCAAGGCCGGCCUGCUGUUCGGCGGCGUCGGUUCCGACAUCCUGUUCAAGCGGGGCCAGUUCUUCACCAAGUACGUGUCAGAAAUCGAGUCCGACAAGCCCGGAACGUACAGCUACUGCCGCGACGUGCUCGACGAGUUGGGCCUGGAGCACGCCACCGACGAGGACUGCGCGAACGUGCGCUACAUCUGCGAGUGCGUGUCGAGCCGGGCCGCCCACCUCGUGUCCGCCGGUAUCGCCGCCCUCAUCAACAAGAUGGACGAGAAGAGUGUGACGGUCGGCGUUGACGGCUCGGUGUAUCGUUUCCACCCGAAAUUCCACGAUCUGAUGGUGCAAAAGAUCAGACAGUUUGUGAAGCCCGACAUCAGCUUCGACCUGAUGCUGUCCGAGGACGGUUCCGGGCGCGGAGCAGCACUCGUGGCCGCGGUGGCGUGUAGAGAAGCCCACUAGGAAGGACCUUCCCUCACCGCCUCACCUAACCUCAGCUCAGCAGCAGCUACUCUUAAAAAAAAACAAACACAACCAACAAAACAAAGAAAAGCCCCUCAUCAACCAGAUACACAACUACUAUACUAGUGAUUUAGCGGAUAAUUAUAAAACAAGUUAAAGAGAGAAAAAAAAACAAAA